GGUGCGGAAAAUAGCGUAAGAAACAAAGAAAAAGUGUGGCGUCGCCUUUUUCUCGGAAGUCUCGCCAGGCUGUAGUUAGCAUCGCUAGCUUGUGGUGUUGACUGGCGUUUACAAUGCUGAACUGAAUUCAAUUCAAAGGCAGCUAAUGGUAUUCGGAUUAAAACUAGAAUAUAACAGAUCUUUCUGUUAAAGGAAGAUCGUGGUCGGAGAAGCAGGAUGGACCCUGCUCUGCUGAGAGAGCGUGAACUCUUUAAGAAGAGGGCUCUGUCCACUCCAGCAGUCGAGAAGAGACCGGCGUCCUCCGAAGCCUCUGGCUCUUCCAAGAAAAAGAAGAGCAAACCUGACAAAGAUUCGUCCUCAGGAUCUAAAAACAACACAGACUCCAGUAAUGGAUCCUUUAAUCUCAAAGCCCUCUCCGGAAGCUCAGGCUACAAAUUUGGGGUCCUGGCACGAAUCGUCAACUACAUGAAGACGAGGCAUCAGAGAGGGGACACUCAUCCCCUGACCCUGGAUGAGAUUUUAGACGAGACCAAGCUGUUGGACAUCGGCUUGAAGCAGAAGCAAUGGCUCAUGACCGAGGCCUUGGCGAGUAACCCCAAGAUAGACGUACGUGAAGGGAAAUACGCCUUUAAACCUAAAUACCAUCUGAAGGACAAGAAAGCACUGCUCAGGUUGCUGGAUAAGCACGAUCAGCAGGGUUUAGGAGGAGUGCUGCUGGACGAUGUAGAGGAGGGCCUGCCCAACGCUGCCAAGGCCAUCAAAGCUCUUGGAGAUCAGAUCAUAUUUGUAUCCAGACCUGAUAAGAAAAAGAUUCUCUUCUACAAUGACAAACACUGUCACUUCGAAGUAGAUGAAGAGUUCCAGAAGCUGUGGCGCAGCGUUCCAGUGGAUUCCAUAGACGACGACAAGAUCGAAGAGUACCUAAAGAGACAGGGCAUCUCGUCCAUGCAGGAUACAGGACCAAAGAAAAUUACGCCAGUCCAAAAGAGGAAGAAGCCGGCAACGCAGAAGAAGAGACGGUUCAAGACUCACAACGAUCACCUGAACGGUGUUUUGGAGGACUACUCCGAUGGAGUCCCCACUAAGAAGUGACGCACGUUCACGCACGUCCCACGUGAGCCGGGAUAAAGACUCAGAAAAAGCGAAGAUUGACGUCUGUGUGUACACUGUAUUUCAUUGCCAAAACCACACGGAGACUAACAGAGACGAAAUUCUAAUGUGAAGCGACUGUAAAUAUUUUCUUUUUGUGCCAGCACUUUAACAAAUAUGUUGAAGGCUUUUUUUUUUUUUUUUUUUUUUUUUUUUUUU